AUGUCCGAGACAACAGAAAAAAUUGAAAGUAAUGGUGAUGCUCGGAGAAGAAUACUUAACAUAGCUGUAUCAACUGUCCUUUUAGAAAGUGGAUUCGAAACAGUAGACAAAAUUAGCCUAGAGACGUUGACGGAGAUGUUACAAUGCUUUUUUACAGAAGUUGGUAACUCGGCAAAUCGCUACUGUGAAUUAUCUGGUAGAGUGGAACCUGUAUUGGCUGAUGUUAUGUUGGCGCUUAUCAAUAUGGGAAUAAGUCUUCAAGGCUUAGAGCAAUAUGCAGCUAGGCCAAAUAGACAUGUAAUUCAGCCACCACAACAAGCACCUGUGCCUAGAACACCAGCUAUGUUGUCAGCUGGUUCAAAAGCUAAGCCAUCUCCACACAUACCAUUCCACUUACCAGCAUUUCCUGAUCCGCAUGCAUACAUAAGAACACCUACACAUAAGCAACCUGUGACUGAGUAUGAAGCAAUAAGAGAAAAAGCUGCAAAUCAGAAACGGGAUAUUGAGAAGGCUUUGACAAAAUUUCUUGCAAAAACAAGUGAAACACACAACCUCUUUAAUACGGAAGACAACCAAGUUUUUCCAUUGAUUGCGUGUAAGCCAACCUUUCCAGCAUAUUUGCCAUGCUUACUACCUACUGACCAAGUCUUUGACUUUGAUGAAUUAGAAUAUCACUUUCAAGUUGCUAAUAGAACAGAAGAUAUUCCAGCUGAGAAAAAAGACCAAUCAGACAAUGAAGGAGAGAAUGGUGGUGAUGGUGAAAAUGCUAAUAAUUCUCAAUCAGAAAAUCCUGAUUCUACAUUACCAUCUAGUCCAGAUAGAAUUAAAUCUGGGGGAUAA